GCUUGACCAGCGCCACCGUGUUGUAGACACGCAAAAACGCAGGUCACGAUCGAUCAAUUCUGGAGUCAGAUCUUCCGUGCCCCUCCCUUUAAUUUCGAUUUCCUUUCCUAAUCCAACGAGUUACUAUUCCGUAUUUUGUUUUUCCAACUAGAAGCGCGUGAGCGUGCGCGUGCGUGGACGCGAGGAAGUUGUACUAGUUCCUCACAGCCGGAGCGGAGGAAGGAAGGCAGGAAGGUGGCGGUGGUGCUGCUGGGGACAAUUAAAUCGACCGGGUCCUCCUGUUUACCUCUUCUCCUUCGCGUGGAUUCGUCUCCUCCUCUCCCCUUCCUCGGUCCUCUACUGCUUACUGUUAUAUAGCCGCCGUCAGAGUCUUCGCUCCUCUUCUUGUUCUCGCGCAGUUCCCAGGCAGCCAGAGCCAGGGCGUUCCAUCCGUUUCUGCCGAGGUAACUGAAUUUGCUGCGAAAAUUUAACUAGCGAUCUCGGUCCGGCACCAAGUUUCCGCCAUGAGCGCCGCCAAGAGGUCCUUCUUCGCGCCCAAGAAGAAGGCCGCCGCCGAUGGUGGCCACGGCUCCUCCCGGAACCCCUUCGACUCCGACUCCGACGACGGCGGGAUGCAGCAGAGGCCGGCGAGGGCCUCCUCCGUCCCGCCCCCCACCGCCGCGGCCGACCAGCGGGUCUCCCUCUUCGACGGCGGCGCGGAGGAGAGGGCCGGGGCCGAGUCGGGGUUCGCCUCCUCGUCGGCCGCGUCUAGGAGCCGCUACAGGAACGACUUCCGCGACGCCGGCGGCGUGGAAGGCCAGUCGGUGCAGGAGCUCGAGGGCUACGCCGCGUACAAGGCCGAGGAGACCACGCAGCGGGUACAUGGCUGCGUCAAGAUCGCCGAGGAGAUGAGGGACACCGCAUCCAAGACCCUCGUCACUGUCCACCAGCAGGGGCAGCAGAUCAGGCGCACGCACGCCAUGGCCGUCGACAUUGACCAGGAUCUAUCCAGGGGCGAAAAGCUACUAGGGGAUCUUGGGGGUAUCUUUUCGAAGAAAUGGAAGCCAAAGAAGAAUGGUGCAAUCAGGGGUCCUAUGCUAACCAGAGAUGAUUCUUUCAUACGGAAGGGCAGCCAUUUGGAACAGAGGCAGAAAUUGGGACUGUCAGAUCAUCCACGUAGGUCUAAUGCACGCCAAUUCCAAUCUGAACCAACUUCAGGGCUUGAGAAAGUCGAGGUGGAGAAGGCAAAACAGGACGAUGCCCUAUCUGAUCUUAGUGACAUACUGAGCGAUCUGAAAGGCAUGGCCAUUGACAUGGGCUCUGAGAUUGACAGGCAAACAAAGGAUUUGGGUCAUGCAGAGAAGGACUUUGAUGAACUUAACUUCAGGAUGAAGGGAGCGAGCGCUCGAACCCGCCGUCUGCUUGGGCGAUAAGACAUGGAUCAUAUGUUGUCACUGGAGGAUCGCUACGGCACUCUUUUAUCUUGCCCAGUUUGGUUUUUAGGUCAUUAGUUGAGAUGAUUUUGUGCAUAAGACUAUGAUCAGGACAGUGAGUUACUGGUUUAUUGUGUACAUGUAAGACAGUAAUACAUUAUCCAUGUUACGGUUCUAUUGCACUCUUUGGGAGAAAAGGUGUGGAUGAGAUUCUUGCA